AUGGUGGUGGCAGCAUCAUGCUAUGGGGGUGUUUUUCAGCUGCAGGGACAGGACGACUGGUUGCAAUCGAAGGAAAGAUGGAAUGCGGCCAAGUACAGAGAUAUCCUGGAAGAAAACCUCAUCCAGAGUGCUCAGGACCUCAGACUGGGCCAAAGGUUCACCUUCCAACAAGACAAUGACCCUAAGCACACAGCUAAAAUGACAAAGGAGUGGCUUUGGAACAACUCUAAACGGAGAGGAGAGGGACCCAAACGUCACCACUGUCAACACUGUGACAAAUCCUUCACAACAUCUGGAUAUUUAAAGAUUCAUCAGAGAGUUCACACUGGACACAAUCUACACAGCUGUGGUCUAUGUGGGGCAGCUUUCGUACUACAGCAUCGCCUAAAAAGACAUCAACGCAUUCACACUGAAGAAAAGCCUUACAGCUGUGUUCAAUGUGGGGCGGCUUUCACACAAUUGAGUAUCCUAAAAAGACAUCAACGCAUUCACACUAAAGAAAAGCCUUACAGCUGUGAUCAGUGUGGGGCAACUUUCACACGAAAGAGUACCCUAAUAAUACAUCAACGCAUUCACACUGGAGAGAAGCCUUACAGCUGUGAUCGAUGUGGUAAAACAUUUUCUAGGAGUGACAGUCUAGAAAUCCACCAACGUGUUCACACUGGAGAGAAGCCGUACUGGUGUGAUCUAUGUGGUGCAACAUUUUCUCAGAGUGGUCACCUAGAAAGCCACAGAAUUGUUCACACUGGAGAUAAACCGUACAGCUGUGAACAAUGCGGGGCAGCAUUCAUGUAUUUAAAUAGGUUACAGACCCACCAACGUGUUCACACUGGAGAGAAGCCGUACUGGUGUGAACAAUGUGGAAAAACGUUUUCUCAGAGUAGGUACCUUAAAAGACACCAGCGCUUUCACACUGGAGAGAAGCCGUACUGGUGUGAACAAUGUGGGAAAACUUUUUCUCACAGUACUGACCUUAAAAAACACCAGCGUAUUCACACUGGAGAGAAGCCGUACUGGUGUGAACAAUGUGGUAAAACUUUUUCUCUGAAUGGUAACCUUAAAUCUCACCAGCGCGUUCACACUGCCACGUUGUGAACAUGUUUCCGAGCCAAGCUGUUUCCUCCUGCCUCCUCCUCAUGCCCUGAUAGCUGUGUUGUUAUUUUCUGAUCUUCUCUCCACAUUGAAGGCAGACCAGCAGUAACUUUAUCUUCUGAACAGCAUGGAUGUUAUCCUGGCUAGGACUACACAUUACGCUCCCUCCCUUUGAAGGGAUUUAUUCCACUCAAAAUUUGUUUGUUUUCCUGUAAUGAAAUAUUCUGAAUUCUAAUGCUGCAGCGAAGAAGUAUGUGUUGUUCUAAAUCACCUGGGGUCUCAUUUAUAAAACUGUGCGUAGG